AGAGGGGGCAGGAGACAGGGAGGGAGCGGGGGCAGGAGACAGGGAGGGAGCACACACAGUACCAGACAUGGCAGGUGAAUGGACUCUCUCUCCUUCUCAGCACAAGUUUCUGCCACUUUUGAUGGGUUCCUCAGACGGCAUGGUGCCUUGAGCUUCGUCACACGGGGAGUGUAGGGAUGCAAACCUGGGCAUGAAGUAAACAUUCAGGAAGGAGGCAGGACACCUAUACUUCUACCUUUGGAGCAAAGCGACGGUGGUCAGCAGCCCACCUUCUCUCCAGACCCCUUCUUCUCCUGGGAUGGAUUAACUCUGCAGGAGCUGCUACCUUCUCCCAGGUCAAGAUGCCGGUGAUGAAGGGUCUGCUGGCACCGCAAAACACCUUCCUGGACACUAUUGCUACCCGAUUUGAUGGCACCCACAGCAACUUCCUGCUGGGCAAUGCCCAGGGUCAUCGAGGCUACCCCAUUGUUUACUGUUCGGAUGGCUUCUGUGAGCUCACGGGCUUCGUGCGGACAGAGGUCAUGCAAAAGAACUGCAGCUGCCGCUUCCUGUACGGGCCAGAGACCAAUGAGCAUGUAGCACAACAGAUGCAGAAGGCCCUCGAGGGGAGAGAAGAAUACCAAACUGAGGUGAAAUUCUACAAAAAGAAUGGAACCCCUUUCUGGUGCUUGCUGGACAUCGUGCCCAUCAAGAAUGAGAAAGGGGAGAUGGUGCUGUUUCUAUUCUCCUUCAAGGAUAUCACUGACACGCAUGGAAAAAGUCACCAUGGCAGCAAGAAGGACGAAGACAAGAAACGGAGCAGGAAGACCAACAGCUCGCACUUCACGGAGGCGAGGAGGAGGGGACGCACUGUGCUCUACCAACUGACCAGUCAGUUCUCCAGAAGAAGCAAGAGUGAGGUCAAACUAAGCAGUGAUGUGUUUGAGAAGCCGUCCCUCCCGGAAUACAAGGUGGCGGCAGUGCAGAAAUCCCGCUUCAUCCUGCUGCAUUAUAGCGUCUCCAAGGCGCUGUGGGACUGGAUGAUCCUGCUGGCCACCUUCUAUGUGGCCGUCACCGUGCCCUACAAUGUGUGCUUCACCACGCCCGAUGACCUAGAGACGGCAUCACGCAGCACUAUCGUCAGUGACAUCGCCGUGGAGAUGCUAUUCAUCCUCGACAUUGUUCUGAACUUUCGCACCACCUACGUGAGUCAGUCCGGCCAGGUGGUGUACGACGCCCGCUCCAUCUGCAUCCACUACGCUGCGACCUGGUUCUUCGUCGACCUAAUUGCAGCUCUUCCGUUUGAUCUCCUCUAUGCAUUCAACAUCACCGUGACUUCUUUGGUCCACCUGCUGAAGACGGUGCGUCUGCUUCGACUGCUACGGCUGCUCCAGAAACUAGACCGGUACUCCCAGUACAGCGCUAUGGUGCUAACACUGCUCAUGUCCAUGUUCGCCCUUCUGGCUCACUGGAUGGCCUGCAUCUGGUACGUCAUUGGUCGCAAGGAGAUGGAGAGCAAUGAUCCCAUCACCUGGGACAUCGGUUGGCUGCAUGAAUUAGGGAAACGACUGGACACCCCCUACACCAACAGCACGCUGGGGGGCCCUUCCCCGCGGAGCGCCUACAUCGCUGCGCUCUACUUCACCCUCAGCAGUCUCACCAGCGUGGGCUUCGGCAACGUCUGUGCCAACACGGACGCCGAGAAGAUCUUCUCCGUCUGCACCAUGCUUAUCGGGGCCUUGAUGCAUGCAGUGGUGUUCGGAAAUGUGACGGCUAUCAUCCAGCGCAUGUACUCACGUCGCUCGCUCUACCACACGCGCAUGAAGGACCUGAAGGACUUCAUCCGCGUGCACCGGCUGCCCCAACAGCUCAAGCAGCGCAUGCUGGAGUACUUCCAGACCACCUGGUCUGUCAACAACGGCAUUGAUGCUAACGAGCUUCUGCAUGACUUCCCGGACGAGCUGCGCGCCGACAUCGCCAUGCACCUGAACAAGGACAUCCUGCAGCUGCCCGUAUUCGAGAGCGCCAGCCGUGGGUGCCUGCGCUCUCUCUCACUGCAUAUCAAGACCUCCUUCUGCGCCCCUGGGGAGUACCUCAUCCGCCACGGUGACGCCCUGCAUGCCAACUACUUCGUCUGCUCGGGCUCCCUGGAGGUGCUGAAGGACGGCAUGGUGUUAGCCAUCCUGGGGAAGGGGGAUCUCAUAGGGGCAGACCUUCCAGGGCAGGAGCAGGUGAUCAAGACCAAUGCUGACGUGAAGGCCUUGACGUACUGCGACCUCCAGCACAUCAGCGUGAGGGCACUGAGAGAGGUGCUGGAGCUGUAUCCGGAAUACGCCGUCCGCUUUGCAGACGACAUUCACCAGAGCCUCACCUACAACCUGAGGGCAGGCAGCGAGGCGGAGGGUUUGACCAGGUUUUCACGGUCACCGAGGGUCCCGCACCGGCUGGACCACAGCGGCCACCCGGAGCACAAGCUGCCCUCCGCAGGGGGACACGCCGACCGGCACGAAGACCACUUCCAUCUCUCCCCGGGCUCUAAGUCACGCCGGAACCUCAUGCUACCCUCCUUGGGCAGUCCAGUCCGCCGCACCUCACUGGGCAGCCUGCUGGGCGACGAACUCCGCCAGUUUAACGCCCUGCGCCGAUGCCGCUCCCCAGCCCGGGGCUGUCGGGCCCGCAGCCCUUCCCCCAGCCAUCAGUCCAGGGCGGAGCACCACCGGCCCCCCCAGACCCCCUCGCGAGGCUCUGUGCACGACGCUGGCAACAGUCACAAGCCCUCCAAGCUGCCGAUACCCUCACUGAACUGUUUUGGCCCUCCUGACCUCAGCCCCAGAGUCGUGGACGGCAUCGAAGACAACGGGCGGACGUUUCACUUCAACGUGGAGAGGAACGGCGCCAGAGCCGGCGGUAAUCGACCUCCAGACAGCAGCCAGGUAACCACCACUCUGCUUUUGGAGACUGAGGAGGUGAGGCAGAGCGUGUGUCAGCUGAACAAAGAGAUGAGUCUCCUGAACCAGGAAGUGGCCCAGCUGACCAAGGAGCUCCACCACAUGAUGCACUUUCUGCAGGCCCACGUAGCCGUGCAGCACUACACCUCAUCCCUUUCCACCUACCCCUAUGGGGUGCAUGUGGUCUCCAAGCCCUCCACCAGCAGCAGCACGGCCUACAAUGUGGCGGCCGGCCUACACCUGCAUCACGAGCCGCUGAGCCACCACGCCGGGGGGGUGUGGAGCUUCGGUGGGGCCCACGGGAACACCAGCCAGGCCAGGGGGGCGGCGACGUGCCAGCCGGCCGAGACGGAGAACUGCCACUUGGUAGAUCACUUCCAUCAUACGCCCAGCCCCAGGUCCUCCUGCCUACAAACACCGUGCUUUACCUCGUCUCCACAAUCAGCGUAUGGAGCUAGCAUUCCUGUCAACCUUCGUCAUUCCCAUCCCAGCCUGGGCCACCAGCUACCAGCCAGCUAUGAACACGCGUUCUCCACAUCUACCAUACCCACCUCCGCCCAUUCUGCCAUGACAGACCACAGCAGGUACCCACACCUUCACGUGUCCACGAAACCCCUGUUGCAUCCAGUUGGCUCUAAGCAAAGCGACCUUGCAGCCAGUUCUGCCCCUCUUCACACCCUGGACACAUGCAGGCUCCUGGAAGUUCAUCUCCCUGCCAACUCACCCCACUCGGGUCCUGCUUCUGUUCACAGACAGCCGUCGGUCACCUCUCUGGAUUCAGGGCCAUCCAGACUGGACAUCAGUGACUCUGACCAUCCUUUGGGUGACUCUGCUGGUGUGGAGCACAUCAGUCUGGAGUGUCUGCUGAGUGAGCAGAGCUCGCUCGGGAGGAGGGACAGCGAGACCCCGAAGUCUCGCCGUUCCAGUGUCGGUAUUCAGACAUCAGACACUGAGCCCUUCUGGACUAUAGACAUGGCUGACUAGCAGGAUUGGGAUAGAGCUUACUGUUGAGGCCUGAGCUCCAUUUGCACACUUGGAGUUUACAUACUUGUUAUUGUCUGAGGUGGAUUUUGGGGCAUUUAAAAACAAACUACAUUCUGCUUUUUUCUGAUAUAGGUGUUUGAGAUUUGCUUGGUAUUCAGGUGGCUCACAAUCAUGCAAGUUGCAUCUCCUCUAUGCAAAAGCUCAUUAUUUCCUCCACACAAUUACAUUCUUGUGUGCAUCUCCGAGUACUCUGUUUCUGAUCUGAAGUUCAAAGUCCGCUGUGCUAUUUUUACAGUUCACUUACACCAUAUGACACUAAUAAACAUGCACAUUUAAUGUUUUAAUUAUCUUCAGGUUAAAUCAAGGGGAAAUUAAGCUUUUUUGUUAAGCUUUUCCAAAAAGAUUUUUCUAUCAUGUAGUAUCUAAUGUAGUGAAUUAUUAUGAUCUACUCCAUUUUAGUAGCAAUCUUUGGUGCAACAAGGUACUUCAUGACAAAACGGAAUCAAUGGCCGCGCAGUUCCUGAAGAGCCGAUGGGCUUGUUUCGGUGGAGAGGGGUACGACAAACAUACAGCUACCUGCAUCCGGGUACCUCAGCUCCCCAUCAACCUUUUAUUCACCUUUUGACAUAGUUGCAUCACAAAAAUGCUGUUUUUCAGUAUUAUCUUACCAUCUCGAAUGGUAAAUAUCCUCAGAUUUUGUUUUUCCUAAGGAAAAGGCAUCCAAAUGAAAUGUGUUAACAUUACGGACUUUAAAUGUUCUUGUAAGAGUGUUCAGUGGACGGUUGCUACCAUCGACACACUCACUAAAUCAGUACUAAAUGACACUUGAAGCUUCGUAUUUUUUUUCCAAGUAGCUGACGAAUAAUAACAAACCACAUGCCUUGUUAAAAAAUUUUAUACAUAUCGAAUGUUUUUAAUUUAUGAGAAAGGAUGCAAUACUUGACGGGUUUUUGAGUUUUGUAUUGGGUUCAGGGGACCCUCGAAAUGAAGAUUUCUUGGUUUCAGUCCUGCCUUUCGUAGCUGGUACCAUUAACGCAUAAUACCAACAUUUAGAUCAGACAUCUGCGGACACCAUAAACAAAGGGACAGCUUUUGAGCGCAACUCCACUAUGAGCUGUGGUCGCUUUCCUCCAGCUGUGCCCGACCCUCAUUGAUCCUAAUGCUAGACCCACGGUGUCACACAGUUGAUUGCCAAUGUAAUGCACACCCCAGUCUGUUUCCCCCACAAUGACAGCCUCCUAGCGUGAUCAGUUAACCAUUUCCAUCAUGCGUCCGCCUUUGCCCGAAAACAUAUCUGUACAAAUUCUACUACUACCACAAGAAAACUCAUCCCCAUCCUGUGCCCAGGUAUCCUUCUCAGUGAGAUUUGGUGGAUUACAUAUCCUGUCUGAUACUUGCAAAUGAAUUUAAAGUCAGAUCAAUGGAGGCCGUGAUAUUUAAGGACGUCCUUGGGAAUUAAAGAAAAAUUGCAUGCGAGCAUGUCAACAUGACCGAUGCGGACCAGAGUACAGCUCAGGCAGCUGCUGAAUCUCCGGUACUUUAGGGCUUGCUGAGUUCCUUCUUAAUUCAACUGGCUUUGUUACUUGCAUGAUUGGUUUAGGAGAUGUCUGCUCGUGCACAGAUUCAGUAAAACCUCAGCCAUAAGCCGACAGUGGUCACAGCCUCAUCAAAACAUUUAAAAUCUAAAAUGAGACACAUUUCGGUUUGAAGUACAAACCGAUUACAUAUUAGGCAGAGAUACGGGAAACCGUAGUUGUGUAAAACAUGCUUCUGUAGUUUCGCAAAACUAUAAACAAUUUUCAUCUCAACAUUUGCCUGUAAUGAAGAAAUCACACAAACAAGGAUGUAUAAGGUCUGUAUAAAAAUAUGGAGAUGUAGUAAAGGAUGCUGUCUAUUAUGCACGACAUUGAUGCAGCACUUCAAAUAAGUGUCAUGAACGGCCCUCAGUAAAAAACUGCCUUGCUAAGAGGCCUCAGAUGGGCAUGUCCCAAGUUAUGUACUCCUAGAGGUACACAAGCUUUAUGCAGAUUAAAAUUUGUCUAAAUGGGAAUGCAUUCUACAGUAUAUUUGCACUAAUUUCUGCUAUUGCUAUUUUUAUCAUGGAUAUUAUUACGGUACUGUAAUAAUAAAACAAACACAAUAUCAUUAUUAUAUUAUACUUUAUUUUCAUGUAGUAUUGCAAGCAACCAGCAUGGGUUUAAAUAAUAAUGCUUGCAUUUUCUAAAAAAAAGCACAAUAAGGGGAACAUUACAAUCACAAAAGUAAUGCAAAAUGGCAGUGAGGAUACCAGCCCUGCGACGUUCAUAUGAUGUUGGCUGAUACAAAGAGCCUCAUUUCAAUAAAAUUUUUAAUAUAUCAUAUUAAUCUGUUUUGGAAAAUCCCUGUAUACGUUUAUUUGCAGUGCACACCAAACAGGAAUAAAACAGAAGCAUCUCAUAGAGUAAUAUAAAUAAGGAAUGAUAUUUUUCAAGUUAUAGAAUGUGACCAAAAAGUUCCACAAAGGACAAUGAAGACUUACUGGGAUUAUAUAUUAACAAUUCUUACAGCAUACAGUAUAUGCCAAAAGAACAUUGUUUGUGUUUAGAAGCCAUGAAACGUGUAUUUUAGCUUAUGUAUCUGACUCCACCCAUUUUGAUUUUAUCUGCAGGAAUGAGCCAAACAAACAGUCAAUAUAUUUGGUUGCAAAUUAUUCAUGCAAACGUAUUAACAUAUGUGCACUACGUGAUUGGAUGUGGUUUGCAUCUAAAAUCUUGUUAUUCUUUUAUGAAUUAUUGCUCUGUUGAAGAGCUUCCAUCUAGGAUGCACCAUGAAGCCAUGUCAGCAUCCAGCCCGGCAGAGUCCGGCCUCCUGCCAGCUCACACUCGCGUGAGGUGACAUGCACUGCAGUACACUUGCUGUUUUAAUUUCCUCUGGGAUAUGGGGACAUGGCGACUUUACAACAUGCCUAGUGAAGUUAACAGUAAAAUAUCCCUGGUUGCUUUGCCUAGAAAAGCUGGUAGAGGGAAACUCAUGGUAAGGUCCUGUGCAACUGUUAUGUAAAUGUCACAAACGCUUAGAAUGUACUUCGUCUCCAACCUAAAGAAAUGUGCAUUACUGGUUGUACGAGAGAGCAAAUACUCCUUAAACGACACACCAAUGAAUAUAUAUCUUUGAAUAUUACCCGUUACUCAUUUAACCAAAAUUGUAGCGUUUCCUUCUCUAGAAUACAUAUUGAAUGCUGUUUUUCAAUGUUAUGAUUUCUCCAUAAUAAAAAGGUAGAGUACCCAACUAUCCAACAUGAAUUCAGUUCAGUUCGCAUGAAAAAAAAUAUACAACUGAAUGUUCGUUACUGCUCGUUUAUUUUUUAAAUUAAUUUAGAUAUUGAGCAUGCAGAAUGACCAGCUGUAAUGUUAAAAAUUAUAACAAAUAAAAAACAAUCUACUUUGCUACUA